AGGGUAAAGGCGAGUAGAGAGAUAAUCGUUCUUCGGCUUGGCAUUGAGGAGACGUGAGAAAUGGAGUUUAUUGGGUACAUGGGUGGGAUUUAUUUGGGCAGGAAAUGGAGUUUAUUGGGUAUAUGGGUCUGAUUUAUUUGGGCAGGAAAUGAAGGUUAGAGAGAGAAUUAUAGUUUUCGGGCUUAUGGGUCUGAGUUUUUUUUCGAAGGAGAUGAAGGCGAGAGAGAGAGAGAGCGUGUGUUUUUGGGUUAUGGGUCGGAUUUAUAUGGGCUGGAAAUGAAGUUUAGAGAGACAAGUAGAGGUUUUGGCUUAUGGGUCUGAUUUAUUUGGGCAGGAAAUGGAGAUAGAGAGAGAGAGAGAGCUUUGGGCUACUGCAUAAUUUGGGGAAUAGAGUCGUACUAAAUAGAAAAACAAAAACAAUUUAGAGAGAGAGAGAAAGCAUGAGAACACUGCACUUAAAGAGUUAAGGCUACCUAGAUUUCGAAUAUUGACUAAUUGAAUAAGAGAUUUAGAGAUUAGAAGCAACACUAAGUAGAAGGAGAAAAAGAAAACUGGCCUUUAUCAUGGAAAUUCCUUCAUUUUGAUUUUUGCAGGGAAUCGAAUGGUCAUCAAAGCGCCAAACGUUAUGAGAUCUAAAAUCUCGAAGAGCAGCCAAAGCAGUGGAGCUUCUAAAGAUGUUUCUCUCUCUACUCUAUACCAUCUCUCUCCCACCAGGUUUUGGAGGGUUUUAUCAAUACCUCCUGUUAGAGAGAGAAAAAAAUAUAAGAGUGGGGUGGCAAUAGAUAAUGAAUAUAAAUAGGCCACCUGAUUUAGGUCUCUCUCCCAAAAUGCCACUGCUUUUAGAGAAUCUUACAUGGGUAUCCCUUACUUUACAAAUUCUAAUGGCCCUUAUCCGCUGUAGGAUUUCAGUAACCAAGCAAGGUCUGAAAUAGCGUGUGAGAGAGAGACCUUAUCCCUCAUAGGAUUUGAGUAAUCAAGCAAGCUCUGAGAGUGAGUAAGCGAGAAUGGCUUUUUCAUUGCCUUUUGUUCACCAAAUUUUCACAAUCUCAUCUCCAAACUCAGGACUAAAGAGAGAUCUCCCAAUUGCUUCUUGUACUCCCACCCAAAAACAGGAACAAGCAAUUAUGUGCACUCCCUGUCAGGGUAGAGGUUGGCUGGUUUGUAAUUUUUGUCAAGGACAAAAGACCAAUGUGACGGCAUCUAACAACCGAAUAUAUCGGCGUUGCCCAUCUUGUAGAGCUAUUGGUGUUGUGUUAUGCUCACAGUGCAAAGUUUUCAAGUGUGUUACCUUCCCAAAUUACACAGAUGGUGAGCUCUGACGGUUGAACUACGAUACCCAUUUGUUUUCUGUGAUUAUCUAUGGAAUCUCAACAUUUACAAAAUGAAAUAAAAUUUUCGAGCUUUGAGCCUGUC